ACAAUUUUUAAUUUUUUGUGCGGGUCUUGUCCAUUAUAUGUGUUAUGCAUAUAUCUAAUUUUUUUUUUUUUUUUUAACGACUCUAAAUUUCAGGUUUUGUGAUAACGCAACUUUCUAUUAGCACUGAUACUUAAAAUUGACAGUAAUGGCUGGAGCAGCGAAAAAAGUUCCCCGUCAAAAAGCUGCAAAAGGCCAUAAGCUUCCAGAACCUAUACCUGAAGGUUUUGCAGUAAGUGAUACAACCAAAAAGUCUUGGGUAUUUGGGAAAAAAAUUGGAUCUGGUGGAUUUGGAACAGUAUACUUUGCUGCUGAAUCCAACAAUCCAAAGAAUUUUGAUUAUGUUAUCAAAGUUGAGUAUCAUGGAAAUGGACCUCUGUUUGCAGAGAUGCAUUGUUAUCAGAAAAUUGGGAAACCAGAACAUCUUAAAACAUGGAUAAAAGAGAAAAAACUAGAUUAUUUGGGUCUUUCUCCAUGCCAUGGCUUUGGGUCCUUUGAAUUCAACAACUCCAAAUAUCGUUUCAUGGUUUUGGAAAGAUUUGAUAAAGACCUUCAACAACUUCUUAAUGAUAAUGGAAAAACAUUUCCUGUGAAGACUGUCUGUCUUAUUGGCUUAUCUGUGCUUAAUGUCUUGGAGUACAUCCAUAGCUCAGGUUAUCUUCACGGAGACAUCAAAGCUGCAAAUCUUCUGCUAGGCCAUAAAAAGGGUACAGAGAAUCAGGUUUAUCUUGUAGAUAUGGGACUGGCAUGUAAAUAUCAACGUGAAGGGGUUCAUAAAAAAGAUUUACCUGAUGUAAAAAAAGCACAUAAUGGAACACCUGAAUUUACUAGUAGGGAUGCUCACAGGGGAUCUUUUUCACGCCGCAGUGAUUUGGAAGUAUUAUGCUACAAUUUGCUUCAGUGGCUAUGUGGAGAACUACCUUGGGAACACUGUAUCUCGGAUAAUAACAAACUCCAGCGAGAAAAGGAGCAGUGCAUGGCAAAUUUAGAUGAAUUUUUGGAGAAAUUAUUUCCAGAUGGAGACUGCCCAGAUGGAAUAGCGAAACUUUUGCAGUAUGUCUGUGAUCUUGACUUUGAUGAAGCUCCUGAUUAUAACUUAUGUAGGAAAUUUCUGAAGGAUGAACUUAAGAAGAAAGGCUGUGAUAAAGAUAGCCUUCUUAUUUUUAAGAAAAUGGUGAAGAAACCAGCCACAAAAGCAGAUGCAUCUAAACAGGUUUCUAACAAAGAAAAUACUGUAAGAACUACAAGAUCCACUCAGACAAAAAGGAAGCAGACAACAUCUGUGUCUUUAGAUCCUAGUAUUAUUCCAACACCAGCAAUGUUAGAACUAUUACAGAAAAAAGAUAUGAAACCUAAAGGUCGCCAAAUAACAAAAAAGGCUAAAUGAAAAAAAAAAAAAAAAAAAAAAAAAAA